AUGGAUGACAAUUUAAUACAGAUGGAUGACAAUAUAAUACAGAUGGAUGACGAUAUAUUACACAUGAAUGAAGAGGAAACAGACAACAUAGAUAUAGAUAAUAUUUCAAUAGUUAGUCAAUUACCAACUUUACCUCCAAGAGUUCCAAAAAGAGGACGUCCAAAAGGUAAAGACAAAACUGCUAUUGGUAUCUCAAGACGAAAAAAGGUUUCAGGUUUAGUUCCUUUUGAAAAACUUGAUGUUUUGACGAGACAUUUUGAAAUGUUAAUUUGGUUUGUGGAUAAGGAUGUGGCCAGUAUUGCGGUAUCUGGAAAUGGAUUUAUAAGUGAAACAGCAAUUGAAAAUAAUCCAAAUAAUAUACAUUGUGCUGUUUUAGACAGUAACCUUGCGAUUGAUGAUAUCAAAAGGUAUUUUGACAGCGACGGCUGGGCUGCUCUCCAACAAGUUGUGGAUAUAAAGCGAAUAAAUCCAACAAAUAGCCACUUCCAUUUUAAUUUAUAA